AUGUCAGCGAUGUCGAGGAGGCCUGACACUUCUCGACGGGUUCCUGAUGGUGGAGGCAUUCCAUUUGGUGCGAUCUUGAUAAUUGGAUGUAUAUUUAGUAGUUCAGGUGGAACCGCUAGCAAUACAGAGGCUUUAAGUAAGCUUGAAGAAGUUCAAAGAGCAUUACCUAUUUUGAAGAAAGCUUAUGGCAAUAGAAUGCGUAGAGUACUGCAUGUAGGCCCUGAUACCUGUUCAGUUGUUCCUAAAUUAUUACAAGAGAAGGAUACUGAAGCCUGGGGUGUGGAGCCAUAUGAAUCAGAUGACGCUGAUGGCAGCUGCAAGACUCUUGUGCGCAAAGGCAUUGUGCGUGUGGCUAACAUUAAGUUUCCUCUUCCCUCCCAGGCAAAGUUGUUUUCUCUUGUCAUAGUGUCAGAUGUGUUAGAUUACUUGUCCCCAAAGUACCUUAACAAAACUUUUCCAGAAUUGGCAAGGGUAUCUGCUGAUGGUUUUGUCGUAUUUUCUGGGUAUUCAGGUCAGGAUAGAGCUAAAGUGGCAGAGCUUGCCAAGUUUGGCCGUCCAGCCAAAUUGCGGAGCUCAUCUUGGUGGAUAAGGUUUUUUGUUCAGACCAGCUUACAAGAAAAUGAAGCUGCCACAAAGAAGUUUGAGCAGGCUGCAACCAAGAGGUCAUACAAGCCGGCUUGCCAAGUUGUCCACCUCAAGUCACACCAUUAA